AUGUUGGUCACUUCUUCUCAGUCAUCUACACAACGACCACUAGGUUUAUCUGUAGAAGAAUUAUUUGCAUUGGAUCGUCAAUAUCGUCGUAUCGAACAGCAACAACAACAUGUAGCACAAUUACAAGCACAAGCACGUAUAACAUCAUCGAAUCUCAAUCGUUUAGCUAGUCGAUCACUUGAUUUUGUUUCAUCACCAUCAUCAAAUCCAGUAACUAUUCUUCCAUCACUUGAAAUACAUGGUCAUGGAUAUAAUAAUCGAUCACAACCUUCACCAUCAUCCGGUCUUAAUUACCCACGAUCACAUUCCAUAGAUCAUCUCAGAUAUAUACCUCCACCUCUACCACCACCUUCUCUUAUAAAACAUACUUAUCCACAAAGAUCUACAAAAAAUAAUAUUGGACAUCAACAUUAUCAACCAAAGUAUAAAACUUAUUUACAACAACCUAUUACAUCUAAUAGUAAUACAUCAUUAACAGGAAAUAGUUUUAUGUAUGAUUUAUCUCCAUCAUCGAUUGAUUAUUCUGAUAAUCGAGGUUCUUGUAAGCUUCGUCGACAACAUCCAAUUAAACGUGAAUCAUCACGUCGUAUUGUUGUUCGACCUCUUGUUCAUCGACGACGUGAACCAUCACUAAGUUCAUCAUGUGAAUCAUUAGAUGAAACACGUUCAUAUAGUUAUCAUCCUAGAAUCGAAUCAAAUAUGUCACAUUCAUCAGUAUUAUUGGCACCUUCAAAUUCAUUCGUAGAAAGUACAACCGAGGAUUUUUCACCAAAAAAAAUUAAUAAAAUUAUUCAUAAUCAAAUAAAUAAUGAGACAUCAUCUGAUGAUAAUGAAACAAAUCUAUAUGAAAUGCGUAUACCAAUUGGUAAAACAUAUGAUACAUCAGAUAUCAGUGUACAAUUAGAAGGACCAAAAAUUUUAAUACAUUGUCAUACAAUUGAACCAACAGAUAAACGUGGACAUUAUAGUAAACAUGAAUUAAAAACUGAAUUAUUUGUACCAGAUGUUGUUGAUGAUGAAACAAUUGUUGCUUAUUUAACAGAAGAUGGAGAAUUAAUUGUUGAAGGAAAAUAUCAUUUAUGGGCAUGGCAAGAAAUUAAAAAGAAGAGACAUAUUGAACAAAAAGAAAUGAAUAUUUCUCCAUCUUCAGUUAAUCCAAAAUUAACAUCAACAAAAAAUGAUUCAGGAGGUUUGGAACAAGAGGGAAUGAUUAAUUCAUAUGCAUCAAUCAAUAAUCGACCACUACAUAAUACUUUACAUCGAAUUGAACAGCUAGAAAAUAAUCGAACUGUAAUACAUGUUGGUGAGUUAACACCAUCUCAACAACAUUCCGAUACAAAAAGUGUAAGUGACAUUAUAAAUCGUUUUAAUACAUUGAAUAAAAGUUCACUAUUGAAUAUGUACGAUGGACAAUAUUCAUUUACUAGUGAUAAUCCACCUAUACUUAUUUAUCAUCUUCGUUUAUCAUUUGAAACAUUGAUGGAUGAAGUACGUGUACAAUCUGAUCCAAAAUUAAAUAUAUUAAAAAUUUUUAUCGAACAACAAGAGAAAAAUCUAUAUGAAGAACAAUCAGAAAAUAAAAUAAUUAUACGAUCGACAUCACGUAUAUGUCGUUUACCACGAGAUCAUACAUAUGAUUAUACUCGUUUACGUGUGAAUUUUCUGAAAGAUAAUUUCAUUCGUAUUGAAAUACCUACAAUAAAUUGA